CGCGGCGUCCCCGGCCAGGGCCGCCAGGGCUGGAGCGCCGACCAAACCCCGACCCGCCUCAACGAUCUCUCAUCUCGCACUCGGAGUGCUUGCCUCGACCCACAGGCCAGCCAGCCAGGCCAAUUUGGUCCGGAUUCUCUUGGGUGCUGGACCGGCCAUGGGCAACUACAUGUCGUGCGCGCUGGCCAAGGCGCCGGGCGGGAGGGGCGCGAGGGUGAUCCUCCCCGACGGCGGCGUCCGGCAGGUGGCGCUCCCGGCGACGGCGGCCGAGCUGAUGAUGGACGCGCCGGGGCACUUCCUCGUCGACGCGCGCGCCGCGAGCGCCGGGGCGCGCCUGGCCGCGCUGCCGGCCGACGAGGAGCUCGAGCUCGGCGGCGCGUACGCCGCGUUCCCGAUGAAGCGCCUGGGCACGCCCCUGGCGGCGGCGGACGCCGCACGCCUGGCCGCCACGUCCACCAGGGAGGCGCGGCGGUCGUCCGCCAAGGUGUCGGACGACGCGCCGCCCGCCGGGGUGGCCGCGGUGCCGGCCGCCGAGGAGAAGGCGCCGAGGCUGCGGCUGGAGGACAUGGAGGUGGACGGCGCGGCGGCCGCGGAACUCGGCGCGCUCAAGCACCGGCUCAGCAAUGAGCGGGCCAGGACCAGGAGGAGGCCGACGCUAGAGACCAUAGAGGAGGAGCAUUACCUGUCGUCAAGAGCCUAGGACAGGCGUGGCGUGGCAGAGCUUUUUUUGAGAUGCGAUUCAAGGACGCGCUUUACCUUUUUUUUUUCGUUUCAAUUUUGGAGCAUUCAGUUGAACUGGAGUUCCAAAAGAUGCUUACUUGAGGUAAGCAAAUUGUACAGACGACCGUGUUUUUGUGAAAAGAAAAAUACAUAUACAGAUAUACUAGGUCAGGCAUUUCAGUUGUUUA